AGAGGGAGAAAGAGGGAGAAAGAGGGAGAGAGGGGGACGAGAGCGCUCCUGACGCCAAAGCCAGUCCGCUCUUUCGCAUCCUUUUCACUCUUAUUUGUGGACGAUGGGAUUGUAAUCAUGUGGAAGACGGCUGAGCGACUCUUCUGGAUUUCGCUGACGCUGCGCCUGGUCCCGCCUGGCCUCCUCUGAGCAGGAUGGACACUCUGGAGUCAGAACUGACCUGCCCAAUCUGCCUGGAGCUGUUCGAGGACCCGCUGCUGCUCCCCUGCGCCCACAGCCUCUGCUUCGGCUGCGCCCACCGCAUCCUCGUCUCCAACUGCACCACCAACGAGUCUGUUCAGAGCAUCGCUGCCUUCCAGUGCCCCACCUGUAGAUAUGUCAUCUCUCUCAGUCCUCAGCGUGGACUAGACGGACUCAAGAGAAACGUGACCCUGCAGAACAUUAUCGACCGCGUCCAGCGCGCCUCCUCCUCCUCCGGGCUGCCCUUGCCGCUGCCCUUGCCCGUGACCCACAGCGGGCCCAACUCCCCCAGCGAGGAAGGGAGCAACCGGUUGGCGCUGGUCCCUGUCAGCGCCGCCAUGUCCAGCCCGGGCACGCCUCCGGAGCCGGUCCAGUGCCAGUUCUGCGAGCAAGACCCGCCCCAGGACGCCGUCAAGACGUGCGUGACGUGCGAGGUGUCGUACUGCGACGAGUGCCUGCGCGCCACCCACCCGAACAAGAAGCCGUUCACCGGCCAUCGGCUCAUCGAGCCCAUGCCCGACUGCCACCUCCGGGGGCUCCAGUGUCUGGAACACGAGGAGGAGAAGGUGAACAUGUACUGCGUCACCGACGACCAGCUGAUCUGCUCGCUGUGCAAACUGGUGGGGCGGCACAGAGACCACCAGGUGGCGGCGCUGAGCGACCGCUAUGAGAAACUCCGGCAAGCCUUGGAUUCCAACCUGGGUAAUUUGAUCAAAAGGAACAAUGAGCUGGAGACCCUCAUGGGGAAACUUAUCCAGACAUGUCAACACGUGGAGGUGAACGCAUCCCACCAGGAGGGCAAGCUGAUGGAGGAGUGUGACCUCCUGAUUGACAUCAUUCAGCAGAGGAGACAGAUCAUUGGCAGCAAGAUCAAAGAGGGGAAGACCCAGAGGCUGAGGAAGCUGGCACAGCAGAUCUCAAAUUGUAAGCAGUGCAUCGAGAGGUCCUCGGCCAUCAUCACUCAAGCUGAUCAGACGCUGAAAGAGACGGACCACGCUCGCUUCCUGCAGACCGCCAAGAACAUCACGGAGAGGGUUUCCAUGGCUACCGCAUCCACCCAGGUGCUGAUACCUGAGAUAAACGUGACGGACACGUUUGACACUUUCGCUCUGGACUUCAGCAGAGAGAAGAAAAUGCUGGAGAACCUGGACUACCUCACAGCUCCGAGUGCCCCCGGCAUCAGGGAGGAGCUGUGCACGGCCUCCUAUGACACCAUCACCGUCCACUGGACGUCUGAUGACGAAUUCUCCGUGGUGUCCUACGAGCUCCAGUACGCCAUAUUCACCGGGCAGGCGAACAUCGCCAGUCUGUGCAACUCACUGGACAGCUGGAUGAUCGUGCCGAACAUCAAGCAGAACCACUACACGGUGCACGGGCUGCAGAGUGGCACCAAGUACAUCUUCGUCGUCAAGGCCAUUAACCAGGCGGGGAGCCGAAGCAGUGAGCCAGGGACCCUCAAGACCAACAGCCAACCUUUCAAACUGGACCCCAAGUCGGCCCACAGGAAGCUGAAGAUCUCGCACGACAACCUGACGGUGGAGCGGGACGAGACCACGUCGAAGAAGGGCCACAGCCAGGAUCGCUUCUCCAGCCAGAGCAGCUACGGGGUGGUGGGCAACGUCUACAUCGACAGCGGCCGCCACUACUGGGAGGCCCUGAUCGGCGGGAGCACAUGGUAUGCUGUGGGCAUUGCCUAUAAGUCGGCCCCAAAGCACGAGUGGAUUGGUAAAAACUCUGCCUCCUGGGUGCUUUGCCGCUGCAACAACUCGUGGGUGGUGCGCCACAACAGCAAGGAGCUGGCCAUCGAGCCCUCUCCGCACCUGCGGCGCGUGGGCGUCCUGCUGGACUACGACGCCGGGUAUCUGACAUUCUACGACGCCGUGGCCUCCCAGCAUCUCCACACUUUCCAUGUGUCUUUUGUCCAGCCUGUGUGUCCUGUGUUCAAUGUCUGGAACAAGUGUUUGACGGUCCUCACGGGUCUGCCCAUCCCCGAUCACCUCGAGGGCUUGGAGCCCCGCAGCUAAAAACUUCAUCUGGAAUAAUACCCGGACUGCACCGGUCCAAAUUAGACUGUGUUAGAGAGACAGAGAACACAUGCCUUCAACCUUGUUCAAGUCACUGACAAAGUCACAUGAGAUAGAAAUGAUUUGUUAUGAUCGUGGGACACAAAACUGAGACUGAUACUUGAAAAGCUCCUGGUAAAUAAGAACGAUAGAAAAAGAACCGAGGCACUUUUGGGCCCCAAUUGGGCCAUGACAUAAAGGCCACAAGGAAUGAAGCCACAAGUUGAACAUUCUUUCUCGAUCCCCCCCCCCCCAUCAUCUUGUCAAAUCUAGCACUUUGAAUUAAACCCAGAAAAAAUAUAACAAUAUUCACAUACACACACAGACCAUGAAUUACUUCAGCCAAUCAUACUAGAUGUAACAAUGAAUAAUUGAUGUAUAUUUUGUAAAUUUAUAGCAUUUACUCCUGACUACCCUUUAUUCUUAAAAAAAAAACCCAAACCAAAGUAGUCAUAACUGUCUCCUCAGAUGUCUUAAAACACGCCUUUCUAUGUUAAUGGCUGGCUAUUAAUUAUUUGCAAAAGCAAUCAGAGAAAUAUAGCUUCGGAAACGGCAUUCACUUCAAAAUUGUUCCCAUAGAUGUCUUCCUUGUGUUUGCACAUUGUUCAUAUUUAUUUAAAGUCCUGUAAGAAAUGCCUUGGAAAGCCCAAUUCAGUCUGGUGCAAUUAACAUAAAUGAAUAUCAGUAAAGUAUUGUUUUGUGUUUAUUUCAUGUUUUGACAGUUAGCCCUGUUCUCCCGCCCGUUAAUUUUUUUUGUUUUGUUGCGUUAACCAUAUUGUGCGAAAUGUGUUGCGGUUGUAGCCUUAGGUUACUGUUGGAGCUAAUGGGUGAUGAGCAUUGUGUUUUCUUUUGCUACAUGACAAAACGUU